CCUCACUCUCUGUCUCUCGUCUUGCACUUUAUACUGUUCAAGUUCGAUACUUUGCUGUUGUUACCAAGAACGAGGCGCUUUGGUUCAAAGAGAGAGAAGGGGACUCUCUUUUUCUUUCUGCCUCUCUCUCUAUGUCUGCCGCAUUGUCUUGUUCUAAAUUCAGAAUCUCAUCUCACUCCCACGCAUUAAACCGCGCUCUCUCUCUCUCUCUCUCUCUCUCUCUCUCUCUUACCAGUCUUUGAGCCUUCAUAUUCUUCUGGGUUUUCCUUCUUUGAGCCUACACAUCACCAUUGAGUGCGUUUAAUAGCGCAACUACACCAAAACAGUAAAUCCCAUUUAUUAUUGGCCACAAAUAAGAAAAACCAUUCGCAGUUUCCUCUCUUUUCUCCAAUAUUUGCAGAUUACUGGAUUGUUUUUAGAGUUUUAGGAUUAAAGGAGUAAACUUUUAUCAUAUUUGGGGAAGCAGAGAAUAAACCAAGAAGCUGUAUGAAGUAAUAGUGAAACAAUGAGAGUUGAGAAUUCCAAGAAAAGCACGCUCUCAUGGUCAAAGAAAAUGGUCAGAAAGUGGUUCAAUAUCAAGAGCAAAAAUGAGGACUUUCAGGCAGAUGAUGUUAACUAUGGAGGAGGUGAUCAGGUUGAAUACAGGACUAGUUUCUCAGAGAGGGAACCAUGCACAAUUAAGAAAAGCAAGACAGAAAAGUUUAGCAAGAACACAGAGCAAGUUCGUAGGCGAAAAAUGAAUCUCGAUCAUCCUCGAAUCAUAGAUGUAGAGAACCAUAGCAUUUUUGUUGCUACAUGGAAUGUGGCCGGGAGAUCUCCUCCGAGUAAUCUGAAACUGGAUGAUUGGCUUCACGCCUCACCUCCUGCGGAUAUUUAUGUUCUUGGGUUUCAAGAGAUAGUUCCUCUAAAUGCUGGUAAUGUUCUGGGCGCAGAAGACAAUGGCCCUGCCAAGAAAUGGUUGGCUCUCAUUCGGAAGACCUUAAACAAUCUUCCCGGGACCAGUGGGGGUGGUGGGUGCUAUACACCAUCUCCCAUCCCACAGCCAAUUGUAGAACUACAUGCAGAUUUUGAGGGAUCAGCUAGGCAGAAGAACUCGUCUUUCUUCCAACGUCGAUCAUUUCAAGCAACCCACAGCUGGAGAACGGAGAAUGACCCUUCUAUCUCACAACCUCGACUUGAUCGAAGGUUCAGUGUUUGUGAUCGAGUGAUCUUUGCUCACAGGCAAAGUGACUAUGGUCACAGGCAAAGCGACUAUGGUCAGAGGCCAAGUGAUUAUGGUCACAGGCCAAGUGAUUAUGGUCACAGGCCAAGUGAUUGUGAUCCCAAUUUCAAAUGCGGUCAUAGGCCGAGUGACUAUUCAAGGCCGAGUGACUACUCAAGGCCAAGUGACUACUCUAGACCGAGUGACUAUUCUAGGUGGGCAUCGUCUGAUGAUGAUAACGGACCAGGUGAUUCACCAAGUACUGUUUUAUUCUCACCAAUGUCCUAUGGCGGAUCUGCAUCCAAUGAUGGAUAUAGAAUGCCGGGGCAUUCAAGGUAUAACUUAGUUGCAAGCAAGCAAAUGGUUGGCAUAUUUCUCACGGUAUGGGUCAGGAGUGAGCUGAGGGAUUCUGUGAAAGACAUGAAAGUAUCAUGUGUUGGAAGAGGUUUAAUGGGUUAUCUUGGAAAUAAGGGAUCCAUUUCAGUGAGCAUGUCUCUCCACGAUACGACCUUUUGCUUUGUUUGUACUCAUUUAACCUCUGGACAAAAGGAGGGUGAUGAACUAAGAAGGAAUUCUGAUGUCAUGGAGAUCCUUCGGAAGACUAGAUUUCCAAAAGUUAAGGGCUCUGGCGCGCUGAAAUCCCCAGAAACAAUCUUGGAGCAUGAUCGAGUUAUUUGGCUUGGGGAUUUGAAUUAUCGAAUUUCCCUCUCUUACCGCUCUGCUAAAGCGUUAGUCGAGAUGCAAAACUGGAGGGCCUUGUUAGAGAAUGACCAGUUACGGAUAGAGCAGAAACGAGGUCGUGUUUUUAGGGGCUGGAAUGAGGGGAAGAUUUAUUUUCCACCAACUUACAAGUAUUCGACAAAUUCAGACAGAUAUGCAGGGGAUGAUAUGCACCCAAAGGAGAAACGUCGAACACCUGCUUGGUGUGAUCGAAUAUUGUGGUAUGGUGAAGGUCUCCAGCAAUUAUCGUAUGUACGUGGGGAAUCUAGGUUCUCAGAUCACAGACCAGUUUAUGGCGUAUUUUGGGCUGAGGUUGAAUCAAGCCAUAACCGGUUGAAGAAAAGCAUGAGUUAUUCUAGUUCCAGGAUAGAAGUUGAGGAGCUUCUUCCAUAUUCACAUGGAUAUACCGAGCUAAACUUUUUCUGAAGGAUGAGGGAACAAUGAUGACCCACAUCGGUCCUGCAUUCAGUUGCAGUUGCAGGCGGGAAUCACUUUGAAGAACACAUCCUUGUAGUGUCGAUAGAGACACUCCCUUAGCCCACAAACCGAAAAAGCAGGUGCUAAUUUUGCAAUUUUGGUCUGUUAACUCACACAUGAACAGAAAAUUGUACAGUAACUACAGUUGGUUUCAUAACCUGGUGGCAGUAAAAAAAUCAGUUUCAGCAGUCAGAAACAACACUCCAUUAUUUGGUCAUCCAGUUAAUAAGCACUUACCCCACAUUAAUUAGGAUGAACUCAGCCAAUCGGAACUCGCCAAGUGGAAGAACAAGAAGAUUAUUAUUAUUUUUAAUUAUUCGUGAUUCUUUAUUUGUUUAGGAAUUAGGGAUAUAUAUAUGAUGACUGAAUGAAAGUGAAAAGGGUAAAAAUAAUCAUUUUCUUACAUCCUUUUUGUUAUUAAAUGCAAAGAAAAUAGAAUGAAAAAGAAUGGUGCCUUAUGAUUGAAGUCCAAAAGCCUCCUGUUCUUCCAGACUUCCAGUUGUGGCAAUUGAUUUAUCCUGAAAAAGUUA